CCAAAGGACCGCAUUUAAAUGGAAAUUUAUUUUGUUUGAUUCACUUGGAGAUACUAGCGAACCUCCAAAUGCAUCCUCCUUUUGUCUCAUGCCCACUUGGCCCUCCUUCACAUUUGAUUCCUCUAUAAGUUUUCAAAGAUCCUUAGCACCAUCUUAAGUUCCUUCUACGAGCUGUACAUUGGCAUCUAGACCUAGCUACUUCACAUACAAUGCUUAGCCAGAUGAGUUCUUCUUCAUCCUCAGCGAAGCCUGAUGUGACCUUGAGCCUCACCUUGCCAUCCCCAACCCACGAGACCUUCAAGCCCGAAGAGAGAGGCUUGCAUCUCAUCCGGCUCCUCCUAUCGUGCGCCAAGAACGCGUCGUCGAGCAACCUCCACCGGGCCGACGCCCACCUCCGGCAGAUAUCGGACCUCUCCUCAGUGACUGGCGACUCCAUGCAGCGCCUCGCCGCCCGGUUCGCCUAUGCCCUCGCGGUCCGCGUCGUCAAGCGCUGGCCGGGCCUCUACAGAGCGUUGAACCACACCAAACCGGAUAGGCUCAUAGCCCCUCGGGCCCAACCCAUCCUCAUGCCGGCCUUCCCAUGCCUCGCUUUCGCCCACGUCAUCAUAGCCCGAGCCUUGCUCCGAGUCCUGGCCGGGGAACGAGUGGUUCACGUCAUGGAUCUGGGCUCCGGCGACCCUAAAUUGUGGGUUCCUUUCCUCAGGAGCCUAAACCAAGGGCCAGAUGGGCCUGCUCAAUUGAGGUUGACUUGUGUGUCCGCUAAAAGAGAUGUUUUGGACAUUUUGGGUCAUGCCCUUGUCAAAGAGGCUGAGACCAUGCGCAUGCCCUUUCAAUUCAACCCUGUGAACGUGUCUUUAAGAGAGCUGACCGAAGAAAUGCUCCAACUGAGAUCAGGAGAGGCAUUGGCAAUGGUGUCAAUGUUGGGCCUCCAUGCUCUAUUAGCCGAAGAUGAUAGAGUAGAUGCACACUUUGGCAUGAUCAAGAGUGAUUCCGUCAAGGAUUGCAAGCGACUCGGCGAGUUCCUAAGCAUGGUCCGGUCGGUGUCGCCGAGAGUCUUCUUCCUGGUCGAGCAAGAAGCCAACCACAACACAACCCGCUUGGUCGACCGGUUCGUCGAGGGCCUACACUAUUACAGCGCAGUGUUCGAUUCGAUAGAUGCCGCCUUCGGAGGCAGCUGCUCAGAGGAGCGGCUCGCCCUGGAGGAGAUGUUCGGGAGGGAGAUCGGGAACAUCAUCUCGUGCGAGGGCUUGGAGAGGGAGGAGAGGCACGAGAGGCACGAGAGGUGGAAGGUGAGGCUCACCCGAGCCGGGUUCAGGCCGGUCCGGCUGUGGCUGAACGCCAUGGAGGAUGCCAACGGCAUGGUCGAGCCCCAUCUUCGAGAUGGCUACAAAGCCGUGACCGAGAGGGCUUGUACCAUGAUCUGUUGGCAUGAACGACCGCUUCUGGCGGUGUCUGCAUGGAGUUGUUAGCCCCUAACGCAUUCCGUUUGCGAUGGAGCUCAAUCACAUGAAGCCAAGCUAAUACUAAAGUCGAGGAAUAGGACAACCAAAGUAGGCCAAAGUAGGCCAAAGCAGGCAAGUCUAGAAGCAAACGCCAAUUUUAUUUUAUGCCUCAGAAUUUCGAAAAGAUAAGCACAAAAGUCAAUUCAAGAUCCAAUUGUUCUUUACUUUU